AAUGAACUAAUUUGCCAAUUACUUAGAAUAUUACACUCAAAGAGACCUCCCAUUCAAUUAAAGAUCUCCAAAAGCCAAAGAUGUAAAAAAAGAAUGGAAUUUCAGUCCAUAAUUUAGUCCUCAUCGAUCUAGAUACAACAUGAAUGAUAUAUAAUUAGAUAAUGAACCUUAAAGUUAAAGACUUACAAUUAAUAGCAAAAUCAAAUAUAGAAAUAAAUUAGAGGAUAAAGAGAAUUUAAUAAAUCGAUAAAAUGUUGUUUUAAACUAGUAGAUGAAAAAAUGUCAAAAAUUAAUGAGUCCUCGAAAAGAAAAGAAGAAUUCAAUAGAUAAUUCAUAUUUAUUACCAAUAGAUUAAAUCUUAACUAUUAGUAUAUAAUCAUCUACAGAUGAGAAUAUUGUGUAGAUAGAUUCUGUCAAAAAAUAGUCUGAUAAUUCAAUAGAUAAUUAUUAAGUUCAAUAAUUCGAAAAUGAUACUUAUUUCAAUGAAAGUGUGCUUAAAUCAUUUAAAAAGAUUAAAAUUUAAGAUGAUUAUUCAAGAGUAAGUUUUAUAAUUAUGAAUUUCUAAGGAUUACAAUAAACAAUUAAAAUUAGAGGAUGAUUUCGAAUAAAUUAAUAGUUUUAGAUAACAUAUCCAUACACCAAGAUAAUAAUAGAUGAAGAACAUUAGUUUUGUAAUGUAUAAGAAAUAAGUGGAGGGAAGAUUUUGA